AUGCGUCUUAUUACUUCCCUCCUCAUCUCGACUUUCUUGAUCUUCGCGAUCGUCCUUCUGCAAGUGCACUCUCGUCCGGCUUUCAAAGGUAAGAGGUGGGCUCUAAGUGGGCUACAUCGAAAACAGAAUCAGAAACUCUUCGUUCUUCUUCUUCUUCUUCUUUCCAAAGUUCUGUGUGCUUCUGUCUAGACAUGACGAUUCUUUCAGAAGUGGACUAUCAUCUCUACGAGGAGGACACGAGCGACGUGGCCGUCGACACCGUCUUCGAGUACAUCAACGCAACUGCUCGCCUUCAGCGUCGCUUCAAAAAAUGGAUUAAUUGA